GGGGAGGCGGACGUAUUCGGGAAAAUUGUUUUGCCGCGGAUUUUCUUCACCUAGUAUAUUGUGUCAAUGAAUUGUGACAAAAACGUUAAUUAAUUAACUGAAAGUUACAUUAUAUUCAUUUUAUAGUGAUUGAAAUUUUGGUUUCUUCAGUGCUCGUUGUUAAUUUAUCUCAAUUUCUUAAAAUAUUUUCCUCGUAAAACAGAUUUAGGUAAAACAAAUAAUUGCAAUUUGAUGCCGAUAUUUUAUAUAUAAACAAUAAUCAUAGAUGUGUCAUAAAAACUGAGGAGCAAGUUUUUCUUUCGCUUUUCCGUCUUAAGUCACAUAUAACCGUAGCUACACUUACCAUCAGGUAGAUAGUCCUACCACCUGUCUGUCGGUCACCUUAGGGCGAAGCAAAGUAAGGCUUUUCCUCCCUCACAGAACCUAGUUUCCAUUAAAAUUGGGAACAAUUUCGGUUUACAGUUGUACUAUGAACUCUACGUAAUUGCUAUCGUAUAAACAAACGUUCACCUGAUUAUUAAUUAUGAGGUAUUAAGGAUAUUUAAAAAAAUACACUGUGGUUAACGUAUUUUUAUGUCUUAAAAUAUUGUUACCAACACUUGAUAAAAAUAAAGUUACCUACCCAAGUGCACCAUUAUAAAACAAGUCGGUGCUCUUUACAAGUAUAUCCUCUACCUAUUAACAAGAUUUGGUCGUGUUACAGCUCUACAUUGUUUGACAAUAAUUAGGUUGAUACUUGAUAGUCUUAUGACAAUAUAUCCAAUGAAUAAAUGAAGCUGAAACAUUAUUUUAUUUUUAAAAUAUUAUUACAAGCUGAUUAUCUCUAAAUCGGAGUGAAAUUUCAUUUUUUAUCUCCAAAUGUUAUUAGAAUCCUAACGCCACACGCCGGUUGCACACGUUGAGCCCAACGUUGGCCCCAACACCACUCGUCCAACAUGUGGAUGUGGUGGUGAUAAACGUCUUAUUCGCUAUCUAUAGAUAGGUACGUUAGACCAUAUUGGGACCAACGUUGGUGUCAGCGUGUAGAGCCGUAGUAUAUUCCAUAGUCCGAUCUAAGACUUUGCUAUUCGCAGCCAAAUAGUUGAAUCACUGAACUGAAAGUACAGUUUUUAUUUAUUUGUUUUUAAUAUUAUUCAUUAAUCAAACAACAGUGUAAAAAGCAAAGAUACAUAAUUAAGUGGCAUAAAACUAAUCAACAGAGGAAUUUAAUUCAAGUAGUUGUUACCACUUAAUUAUAUUCAUUAAGUCGGGAAUACCGCGCAGUUAAAACGCUGUUAGUUUUUAUUGCUUUGUGGCCGUGUGGGGCCACUUUAGUUCCCUACUUACACAACAGGGAAAUUGUUAUUAGUAAGUACAUAGCUUGUACUUAAGUCUUACAAAAAAACUAUUUAUUUUAAACACAUAUGUCAAUAAAUUACCAUUUCUUAAAAAGUGUUUAAAAAACAAAGUUUUUUUCUGUAAAAAAGGUAAGCAAGUAAGCAGUAGGUAGGCUCAAAUAUACGUAACGUUACAAAUAGCUGAAAGUAAUGUUAUCCUUUUCAGCUUAAGCUAUUCCUAGCCCUUAGAAACCUAGAGUGUAUUUUAUGUGCUGAAAAUUGUGUUCAUUUGCAGCUGAGCUGAAAUUCAUGAAUUCCUAAUUUCAACACCACUCGUUUGUCUCCCACAGACUUUUGCUCUAAUAGUUUAGUAAAAGGGAACAUAUUUUGUCUCACUUCUUUUACGAAAACUGAGUACGGGUAGGGUUCAAAUCAGCUGUUUGAGAACUCACCAUAAGUCCGCCUUCAGCCUUCCUCCGCCGCAGCUCACGUGUAUUAAUUAAAACGUUCCAACAUAACGGAAACCGUGGGCUUGUAAUUAGUAAAAAAACUAUAAAACUGUAAAAAAGAUGUCGGCUAUAAUCGUAACGGAUUACUAAAUAUUUGACCGAAGCAAAACAAAUCGUCUCAACCGGGUGGCAUGUUUAUUACAUCAAAAUAAACUUUGUGAAAGUUUGUUUUAUUUAUUUAAAAAGUUAAAUUCUCAAGGCAACAUCGACAUGAUCUGCCGAUUGUAGAUACCUACGUAAAGUACGCACGGGUUUCAAGUGGAUAAAGAACAUCUGGACCUUUUUCAGUAAAUCUAAUUUCUGUUUUUGUAGAUAGCAAAAUUUUCUUGGCAAAAUUUCUGACUUUUUUGAUUUUUUAUUUACCUAUCGCAAUUUUGGGUAAUUAACUUAUUAGUAAUUUUAUGAAAUAUAUAAACCAAAUAACUGUAAAAAAUAAAUAACGUAGAAGAAUACAUUAAAUUAUUCUAAAGAUUAAAAAACACAAAAGAACAAUGACGACCACUGAAUCAUCCAAAGGCAUAGAGUUGCUGAAGACAAUCGACCGAGUGCUGAUCCGAGAGAAGACGGGGGCGUACACAAACAACAAGUACGUGGUGCUGACGUCAGAGGGCACGGUGCUGCUGUACGCGAAGGAGGACUCGGGCCUCCUCAACAGGAUGCUGGUCGGCAAGAGCAGGUCUUUCGAGAUAGAUGUGUUCGAUACGAGCGACCUUGAGGUGAUGAAGCUGCGGCGGCCGUACUCGGUGGGCGCGGACAAGAUGGACGUGAGCGUGUGCGGGCUGCCGGCCGCCGUGGUGCGCAAGGAGGUGACCUUCCUCAAGCCGGUGCUGCUCAUCAACGACUCCGCCGACCGGCCCGUCGUGCGCGUCAAGGGGCCCGUCUCCAUCUCCGCUGAGUGCAACUUUGAGUUGUAUACGAGCGACAAGAAGCGCAUCGGCGACAUCAGCAAGCGCUGGAGCGGCAUGUCGCGCGCGCCGGCGGGUGACCGCGACAGCUUCGCCAUCCGCUUCCCGCUCGAGCUGGACGUGCGCUACAAGGCGGCGAUCAUCGCCACGUGCUUCCUCAUUGUGAGUAUCUAACGGCGCCACCGCGAG